AAGUAGUGCUUUUACUACUUCUACUAAUCGUUUCAAAAAAGUUAGAAAGUACAAUUUAUAUGUACUUAAGUUUAUUUUAAUUUAAAUCGCUUUAUUCAGAGAUCACUUAAUGUAAAAUCUUAACUCGCGGACCAAAUUCGAUCGGAUCUGGAUAGAUUGAUUGUGUGUCGACGAUACCACAUACGUAUUACGUACGAUUAAUUAGUAGAGAUGUGCCGAUCUCACCAUCCUCGAUCCUAUUAAUGAAGUAAAGAAAACAAUGAAACUAGUAAACAAAUAAUAAUUUCAACAAAAUAUUUAUAAAAUAGCAAUGUCUGGGCGAGAUACUUUUUUUGAGAAUCCUUAUGAAGAUUAUUCUUCUAAUUUGCAAAAUAGUAUUCUCAAUGAUUCAAAGGAUGGGGUUGGUAUUCUUAAAUUUUACUUAAUUAUUUCAGAUGUCUUACGAGAGAAAUUGGAAAAUUUCAAAGCCUCAAAAGUUCAUCUAUUAACAACCAAAUUAGAAACAGAAUUAUUUUGUGAUGGAACGGUUUAUACUGGUUCCUCUGGACUGGCUCUUUAUUACACAUUUAACUGCCUAUUAAAUAAGAAUCAGACAUGUACUGAACACUUACAGAGAGCAAUAAAAUAUGUGGAUAUUGAACAUUUAAAAGGUCGGAGAAUUAGUUUUCUAUGCGGUGAUGCUGGACCAUUAGCUAUUGCUACUGUUAUUUCAUAUAAAUUGGGAAAUAGGCAAUUAAACCCUUUGCCUGACUAUAAAGAACUAGUUCAAAGAGUAAUAAAGCUUGCGUCUCUUCUAAAUGAAUCUCCUGAUGAAAUUUUGUACGGAAAAGCAGGAUACUUAUUUGCAUUAUUAUUUAUUAAUAACCAUGUUAGUAGCAAGGAUGUUAUACCCAUACAUCACAUUGAGAAGGUGGUAAAUGCUUUAAUUUCUUCUGGAAAGCAAUUUUCUUUACAAACGAAAGCAGAAAGUCCUUUACUAUGGCAAUGGCAUGAUAAGAUAUAUCUUGGUGCAGCUCAUGGUAUGGCAGGAAUACUUUACAUGCUAUUACAGGCUCGCUGCUGUAUAACAGGCAAUGAUUUAAGAGUUUUCAUAAAACCAUCCAUAGACUGGUUACUGGGAUGUCGAUUAUCUAGUGGUAAUUUCCCUUCGUCCCUUCGUAGUAGUUCAGGAGAUAAGUUGGUGCAAUGGUGUCAUGGUGCACCAGGAUUUGUGCCACUAUGUAUAGCAGCGUAUCAGGCAUUUGAAGAUGAUAAGUAUUUAAAGAUAGCUACUCAAUGUGGUGAAGUGAUAUGGCAGCGGGGUUUGUGUACAAAGGGAUACAGUCUCUGCCAUGGUGUAAGUGGCAAUGCGUACGCGUUUCUGCAGUUGUAUCAAGUGACUAAGAAACCAGUUCAUCUGUACCGCGCGUGCUGCUUCAUGGAGUGGUGUGCAGUAGAAAGACCAGGUACAGAACUUCACCGACCUGACCGUCCGGCAUGUCUCUUUGAAGGUUUGCUGGGACGAAUAUUUUUAGCUGAGGAUAUCACCAGGCCAAUGGAUUCUAGAUUCCCAGCCUUUUGUUUAUAAAUAUUAAUUAUUUUAAAUUCAGUAUUGUGGUCAUAUGUUAAAAAAAUAUUGAAAUCA